GUUAUUGGUUGAAUAUAAAAGAACUAAUCAUGAAGUUGUGGUUGAUAUUUGGUGCUAUUGCUAUAGCAAUACCUCCAACAUUAGCAGAAAUAAGUAGAAAUAAAAAUCGUGGAAGAGGAUCCAUGUGGUGGGGCAUUGCCAAAGCUGGAGAGCCCAACAAUUUGUUACCAAUGUCACCAGCAUCAUUACACAUGGAUCCAGCUGUUUAUGCAACACUACGACGAAAACAAAGACGUCUGGCACGUGAAAAUCCUGGUGUACUGAUGGCUGUUGCCAGGGGUGCUAACCAAGCCAUUAUGGAGUGUCAACAUCAGUUCAGAAACCGUCGGUGGAAUUGUUCAACAAAGAAUUUCUUACGAGGAAAAAAUUUGUUUGGAAAAAUCGUUGAUCGAGGUUGCCGAGAGACCGCAUUCAUUUACGCCAUUACCAGUGCCGCUGUAACCCACAGUAUUGCUAGAGCUUGCAGUGAAGGAAGCAUACAAUCGUGCUCCUGUGAUUAUACCCAUCAAUCUCGAUCUCCUUCUGUGAUUCGUGACUGGGAGUGGGGAGGAUGUUCGGACAAUAUUGGAUAUGGAUUUAAAUUCUCAAGGGAAUUUGUUGACAGUGGUGAACGAGGACGAAACCUCAGGGAGAAGAUGAAUCUGCACAAUAAUGAAGCUGGUAGAGCGCAUGUAUCAUCAGAAAUGCGUCAAGAAUGUAAAUGUCACGGGAUGUCUGGAUCAUGCACAGUGAAAACAUGCUGGAUGCGUCUUCCAAACUUCCGAAUCGUCGGAGAUAACCUGAAGGAUCGGUUCGAUGGUGCGUCUAGAGUUAUGGUAAGCAAUUCCGAUCGUAUUCGAGGUGGAAAUGCAAUCAUCAGCAACUCUGCAAGCAACUCAGUACACGGUCCACGUCAAGGUCUUGGUCGACGACAACGUUAUAACUUUCAACUCAAACCUUAUAAUCCUGAACACAAACCACCUGGUCUCAAAGACCUAGUCUACUUGGAAGCAUCACCACCCUUCUGUGAGAAAAAUCCAAAAUUAGGUAUCCUAGGUACUCAUGGUCGACAAUGCAAUGAUACUAGCAUUGGAGUUGAUGGGUGUGAUUUAAUGUGCUGUGGUCGAGGAUAUAAAACACAGGAAGUAAUAGUUGUAGAGAGAUGUGCUUGUACAUUCCAUUGGUGCUGUGAAGUCAAGUGUCAAUUGUGUAGGACAAAGAAAACGAUACACACUUGUUUAUAGAAAUGUGGUGGCCAUUUUUUUUUUUUUAUCAUUUUUAUCUCCAUCUUCUUUCCUGGUGAAAGAUUUGAUUGAGAUAUUGUAUAAAUUAUGCCGAUAAAUGUCAUGGGAAAUUCAUCAUCUCCCCGCAUGCACUCCCAGUAUUAAUUCAAGGUUUUAUUAUUAUUUAUUGAUGGCCGAUUCAUGGGCUGUAAUAUUAAAGACUGAAAGUAUUAACGUACAGUUAUGGUUUUAUUAUAAGUCGUUAUAAAGAAAAAAAAUCAAUUAACUCAAAUUAAUUAUCAAUUAAAUUAUAAAAAAAAUUUUUUUUUCUCUUUAGAAAAAGAAAAUAACAGUUUGGUUACUUCUUUUUUGUUGUACCAACACUGUAAAUUAUUUUAAUUCAUACUAUUUUAUGUAAUAAAUAUGAUAUUACUUGUAAAUAACUAACUCAAAGACACGAUUAUCAAAUAAUUACAUCUAAUAAUACUUGUACACACUUGUAAUUUUUUUUUCUUUUUUUUUUUUAUAAACUUAUUUAUUAAUUUUUUUUUUAUUAUUAUACUUUUUAGUUAGGGAAAAAAAACAUCAACAUAAUGUGAUUAUGAUUUUAUUGUUUAUUUACAUGAAUAAAUUAACUUUGUAAAUAAUAAAUAGGUAUAAUAAAUUUUGUCUUGAGCUUAUCGUAUUGUAUGUUUAGUUAUAAGUGAGGUAAAAGCGCAGAUUUGGGGCUUCAGAUAAUUUGUUUGAGUAUUCUAUACUUUACUAUGGGCCCUAAAAGAAAAAGUAGAGUAAGAAGAACUACGAAAAGACGAGUACAGGAACGAUUAAUAAUUUAAGUAUUCACACAAGUUUGAGAUAAUUCAAUCGGCGAAAUAUCUAGCCGAUUAGCAAAUAAUAACUGGAAGGUCUCGGGUUCGAUUCCCGGUCCUUGCAAUAAAUUUUUUUU